CCUGAGGAAAGAAAAGACUGCGUCGAGCUUGCAAUUUGACAGAAACUGAGUCGUGAUCAUUCAGUGGAACCGUGGGUGGUUAGCAGUUAUUUACCAUCUCCCUCUCCGAGAUUAUUGUGUCAGUUUGCUGAGUGGCAACACACACGACUAUUUUUGUGAGCGUGAACAGCUCCUGGAUUUUGCCUGUCGACUUGCGCGCGAGAAAAAAACAACACGGCAAAGACACUGGGGGGUGUCCCCCAGUCUCUACGUCGCUUCUACGGGCUAAGCUAACACUCACGGGUGGGGGUGGAUUUCUUCAUCUCGGCCCCUCCUAAAGGGGAAUAUAAAUACCGUGAAAUGCUGUGAAACUAUGACAAGCGAAGGAAACAGAUCUGAAGACGGAGAGGAAACGUCAGCGGAAGAGUCUCGGCUGAAGGAUCAAUAAAAAGGUGAAAGAGUAUUUAGUUCAGCGCAGCUAGCUGGCUAGCUAAACGAAUCGAGGAAGUACACUAGCCGCCUCGCUAACUCUUCGUCAAAUGCAUCGCUGGAUCAAGGCUCGUUUAAAACGUCUGAGCUAAUAAUAGGGGAGAAAAUUCACAUAACCGUCUGGUGAUGCCAAAAUUUUAAAGCUGAUCCGGAGGAAGGCUCGUCCUGUUUCAUAACAGGAGCCCAGCUAACUGUUAGCAAGAGUCGGAGGUUGUAAACAAAGGGUUCCCACCGACACGGUCCACCUCUACUGGUCCCCGUGUCAUUGUUCCGCGCUCUCCUUUGUGUUUCAACACCCGGACUCGCUGUCAGAAAUGGAUUUAAAGACGGCAGUGUUUAACGCAGCCAGGGACGGAAAGCUCCGCUUGCUCCAGAAGCUUUUGGAGAACAAAGAUGGACACGAAGUGGUCAAGUUGAUGGGCGAGAAGACGAACGGGGCCACGCCGCUCCUGAUGGCCGCUCGCUACGGCCACCUGGACCUGGUGGAGUACCUGCUGGAGUGCUGCAGCGCUCCGGUCGAGGCCGGCGGCUCUGUCAACUUUGACGGGGAGACAAUAGAGGGGGCUCCCCCUCUCUGGGCCGCCUCGGCGGCGGGACACCUGAAGGUGGUCCAGUCCCUCCUGGGUCACGGAGCCUCUGUGAACAGCACGACCCUCACCAACUCGACGCCCCUGAGGGCAGCCUGCUUCGAUGGACACCUGGACAUUGUUAGGUACCUGGUGGAGCACAAGGCUGACCUGGAGGUCUCUAACAGACACGGACAUACGUGUCUGAUGAUUUCCUGCUACAAGGGCCACAAAGAGAUAGCGCAGUAUCUGCUGGAGAAAGGCGCAGAUGUAAACAGGAAAAGUGUAAAAGGCAACACUGCACUCCAUGAUUGUGCAGAGUCAGGCAGUCUGGAGAUCAUGCGGAUGUUGCUGCAGUACGGAGCAACCAUGGAGCAGGAUGGUUACAGCAUGACUCCCCUCCUCUCUGCUAGUGUUACAGGCCACACUAACAUUGUAGACUACCUGACGACAAACCCACAGACAAGCCACACUGAGCGUAUUGAUGCGCUGGAGCUACUGGGAGCUACGUUUGUAGACAAGAAGAGAGAUCUGCUUGGAGCUUUAAAAUACUGGAAGAGAGCCAUGGACCUCCGAUACCUGGACAGUAACAACAUUGUCCAGAAACCAGAACCCAAGCAGCUGAUCAUGGCAUAUGACUAUGCCAGGGAGGUAACAAAUGGAGAGGAGCUCGACGGGCUGAUAUCUGACCCAGAUGAGAUGCGAAUGCAGGCUCUACUCAUCCGUGAGAGAAUCCUUGGGCCACAACACCCAGACACAUCCUACUACAUCCGUUACCGUGGUGCUGUGUAUGCUGACUCUGGCAACUUUGAACGGUGCAUUAACCUGUGGAAAUACGCGCUAGAAAUGCAGCAGAUCAACCUGGAACCCCUCAGCCCCAUGACAACCUCCAGCCUUCUGUCGUUUGCUGAGCUUUUCUCCUUCAUGCUACAGGACAGAGCCAAAGGGCUCCUGGGGACAUCUGUGUCCUUUGAAGACUUGAUGGGGAUAUUGUCUAAGAGCGUGCUGGAGACUGAGCGAGCUGUUAAACACAGUGGUCCAAUGUCUCCUGACCCGGCUCAGCUCAGCAAGGCUCUCUCAAUAAUCUUGCACCUCAUAUGUCUUUUGGAGAAGGUGUCGUGUACCUCAGAGCAGGAUCAUUUCAAGAAGGAGACGAUCUACAGAUUCCUGAAACUCCAACCAUGUGGAAAGAACGGCUACAGUCCUCUCCACCUGGCAGUAGACCGCAACACCACCUGUGUGGGCCGCUACCCCGUCUGCAAGUUCCCCUCGCUCACGGUGGCAUCAGUUCUUCUCGAGUGUGGGGCAGACGUCGACAGCAGAGAUGAAGAUGACAAUAGUCCUCUCCACAUAGCUGCAUCCAACGGUCACCCCGACAUUAUGAACCUGCUGAUCUCCUUCGGGACUCACUUUGACAGCACCAACGCCUUCCAACAAACUGCCUGCGACCUCCUGGACGAGAAGGAGCUGGCCAGGAAUGUCAUCCAGCCCAUUAACCACACCACGCUGCAGUGCCUCGCUGCCAGGGUCAUCAUCAAGCACAGCCUCGACUACCGGGGACACAUUCCCGAGAAGCUAGAAGCCUUCGUUUUGCUCCACAGAUAAUGAUUGUAAAUCGGACGGACGAAACGAGGCACAGGGGUGUGACUCCACCGAGUUGACGGAACAGUGUUGAGGAGCUUUAACUAACAUUCAGUGCUUGACCCACGAGAAGUUUAAGAAGCGCAGAGACCGUUAAUGUGGAUUGGUUUUUGAACAUCGUGACCAUUUGGAGAAAAUAAACUUGGAAAAAAAAAUGCGUGCACAAAGGUAUCCUUAUUUAACCAAGAUGAACUGAAAACAGAUGACUGGAGGAACGAGUGACCUUCUGUGACAGGGCCACAGCUCUGACUGAUCAUAGCCUGAUCUAUGGGGAUGUAUUGGAAACAUGGUGCAACAUGGCAAACUGUUGAAUCUCUGGAUGAACUGAAGGAUUCACAUGAUUUUGCUUGAGGGGAAAUGAUCUAUUUUUUUCAUAUUCCACUAUGCUAUUUAUUGAAUGAAACUUGAGAGAUUUUUCUCCAUGCUGGCUCUAACCCAGUCUCAGCAUUGCCUGCUUUUCUCCUGUCUGAGCCGCCUCCAGGUAUUUCUGCAAAUGCUGGGACUUCAGGUUAUUAUAGUUUUUUUAAUUAUUUUUAGUUGUCCCCUCACAGUUGCCAACAACUUUGAACUCCUCCUUAGUCAUCAUUAGGUU